AUGAACAAACCGAUCGAAAGAUGGCUAAGUGUGUAUUUAAAAUGCUUCAUAAAUGUGAUUCUCUACUUUAGAAAUGUAUACCCGAAAGAGGCUUUUGACUGGCUUUCUUACCAAGCUUUCAAUUUGCCACGACACAUGCCAAUGAACCGACAUCCUGACUUGCAGAAUUAUAUCGAGACUUUAGUGAAAGACAUUCUUACAAAAUUGGAAUCAAUUCGUCAGUUCAAUUUACGCAUUGUUCAAGUACAAGACGGUGCGUGUAUAGAACGAUAUGCGCUGGACUUCAGCGAGUUUCGUCAUGAAGAAGCCGAUGAGGAGCUGGAAAUACAAGUGUUCGACGAGCUGCGAUCUAGUUUAAACUCCUUGAUUGCACGUUUAGAAAAAUUACCGGUAGUGAAACCUGCUAGUGUUACUUUCGAAGUGGCCAUCGACGCAGUGGGAUUAAGCUUGGGCCGCCAGAUGAGCCGCGUGCACAAUCUCAAAGAACGCUUAACGCAGGAACAGGACUUUAAUUGGGUCAAGUGCUCUGAGGAUACAUUUUCAUCCCCUCGAAGUCCUCAAGGGCAGCAGCAAUUACCACGAGUGAAGAUGAUAGCACUAGCAGGGUGUGAGGCGGGUCCAUUGGUGAUAUACCAGUUUAUGGAAAUCUUGCUUAGCACACCUGACACCACUUCGCAGGUUUACGAAAGCUCCGACAGCUCUCAACAAUCGCGGUCAGAUCCAUUUCCAUGA